AUGGCUUCCUCAUUGUGUCAAUCCUCCAGAGUCUCCACAUCGCUCCCUGGUGUACUCAUUUCCUGCAUUAUUCUUUGUAUUUGCAAGGUGGAAUCAGUUGUUGGACCUGAUCAGCCAAUCACUGCCAUUGUGGGGGAAGAGAUUGUAUUACCAUGCCACCUGUCCCCCAGCAUGAGCGCUGAGAACAUGCAAGUGAGGUGGUUCCGGUCUGAGUUCACAAAUUAUGUGCAUCUGUACCGUGAUGGGAAAGAUCAGUUUGGACGACAGUUGCCAGAAUAUGAGAGAAGGACAGCGUUUUGGAAAGAUGGCAUCACAGAUGGAAAUGUUUCCCUGACAAUUCUCAAUAUCAGGCCUUCAGAUGAGGGGCAAUACAAAUGCCUUGUUGAGGAUGGUAUUACUUAUGAAGAAGCUGUAAUAGAACUGAAGGUAGCAGGUUUAGGCUCUAAUCCUAUCAUCUCAGUGGAGGAUUACCAGAAUGGAGGGAUCCUGGUGAUGUGUCGAUCAGCUGGGUGGUACCCAGAGCCCCAAGUGCUGUGGAGAAAUUCCCAUCGGCAUCAUAUACCAUCACUUUCUGAAAUAAAAUCCCAAAAAGAAAAUGGCCUGUUUGAAACAAAAAUUUCUGCUGUCAUAAAGGAAGAUUCAAACCAGAACUUGUCCUGUUGGAUCAGGAACAGCCUCCUCGACCGAGAGAAGGAAUCAGCAAUUCAUAUAUCAGCUUUCUUUUUUCCAAGCGUGAAUCCCUGGAUGGUGGCACUGUGUGUGAUCCUGGUGGUGUUGUCCAGCUUAAUAAUCCUGACCAUAUAUCUCUUCAGAAUAAAAGAGAAAAAGAAUGCAGAAAUCGAGAACAAGAAUGCAGAAAUUGGAGACCUUCAACAAGAACUUGAGUGGAGAAAAGCUGUGGCCUGUCGAGAGGACGUGACUCUGGAUCCAGACACGGCUCAUCGAUACCUCGUCCUGUCUGAGGAUGGGACUAGUGUGAGACGGACACACACACGGCAGCGCCUGCCCGGCAAUCCUGAGAGAUUUGACACUGAGCGCUGUGUGCUGGGCCGUGAGGGAUUCACCUCCGGGAGACACUGGUGGGAGGUGGAGGUGGAGGUGGGGGAGGGGGGAUGGUGGGCCGUGGGGGUGGCCAGAGAGUCUGUGAGGAGGAAGGGACGGAUCAGAUUUAGCCCCAAGGAGGGGGUCUGGGCUGUGCGGUGCUCUUGGGGUAAGUACGAGGCUCUCACUGCCCCUGAUCGCACCCCGCUGUCCCUGCGCCAGGCGCCCAGCAGGGUGGGGGUGUAUCUGGACUGCACGUUGGGGCGGGUGUCGUUUCUCAAUGCUGACACCAGGGCCCCGAUCUUCACCUUCCCGCCGGCCUCCUUCGCAGGGGGCAGGAUCCGGCCCUGGUUCUGGGUGCAGGACGGUGAAAUCAGGCUCAGCCGGUGCCAGUGAGAGGGAAAGGAAACGUGCAAGACGGGACCUGCUCGUUGUCCCCUCCGGCCUCAGUCGUGCUCAUGUCCGUGACCCUGGAGGACUCCUCUUGCUGCAGACGAUCAGCUGUGCAGUGUCCGUGGCCCUGGACACGCAGGCUGGAUUUCUUCAUCCCCCGACCACGGCGAGCAGGA